AUGCAGCGGGCGCUGGUACGUGGCUUCGAGCAGGGCCCGAGCGGGGGGAAGGAGGAGGAGGAGGAAGAACAGCUGGGCCACGGGGCUCCUUUCACCGCACCCGGGUGGACCUCCCCCGAGUACGGCGACCGCGUCGGCUGCCUGUGUCUGCCCGGCUACGGAGGGAGCACCUGCGAAAGACCCCUGCAGACGUGCAGCCCCGGCUGGGACAGCUUCCAGGGAGCCUGCUACAAGCAUUUCUCCACCCGGAGGAGCUGGGAGGACGCGGAGACCCAGUGCAGGCAUUACGGGGGCCACCUGGCCACCAUCCUGACGCCCGAAGAGCAGGACUUCAUCAACGGGUUGUGCGGCGCUUUUGAGUAUGCAAACGGGGUGGGAGAGAGGCAGAUACAAUCCGGAGGAAAAAAUCAGAGAAAAGAAAUAAUAAAGGAACUGCCCGAUACGAUGAACUGA